ACUUCCCUGCAAGCCAUCAGCAGGAUGGUAUUUCGUAUUGCUUCUGAUUUGAGGAGAAAUACGUCAUAAUAGAAGUGGGAAUCGUGCAGUUAAUAAAUUUUUAUUGAAUUGUUUCGAAAGUGAUUCUUAAGAAAAAAAUUUAUCGCUGCGAUAUAAAGAACGGACUUUAAAUGCUGGCAAUUAGUAGAUCGCAGACUCGAAAUGGCGAAUAUUGGAGUGAUUUUGAGUGUUGUGGUCUGUGUCGGCGUUGCUCUAGCAGGCGCUAGCUCAUGUGGACGCCUUUUUGAAAACAAGGUCAGCGAAAAUGACAAGAAAAUCAUUGUCAAUAAACACAACCAGUUGCGAGGCUUGAUUUCACAAGGAAAAGUGCUAGGACAGCCGAAAGGAAAAAACCUCAAAAAUCUUAAAUGGGACAACAAGCUGGCAAUACAGGCCCAAAAAAUCGCCAAUACGUGCGAAUUCAAACAUGUCAAAGUCAAUGAUACCCGAUUUUACGUCGGCCAGAACUUGGGCUGGACGGGUUCGACUGCCAGCUCCAGAACCACCGACUGGAACGGGAUUAUCCAGAAAUGGUUCAACGAACAUAAAGACUUCAAAUAUCCGAGCACUUCGAAAGGGAUGACCGGACAUUACACCCAAGUUGUUUGGGCCGACACCCAGCUCGUCGGUUGUGGCUACACAUUUUACCGUAAGAGUUCCUGGUAUGAGAAAUUAUACGUUUGUAAUUACGGUCCUGGAGGUAAUUAUAUUGGAGAAGCUCCCUACAAGAUAUAGCCUCGAACAAUGAACAUGUUCCAUUAUUUCAUGAUUGUUACUUGUCACGCAUCUUUAAUUUAAAUAAAUGAUACGGUUUUA